AGUAUGUCGUGCUAUUCGCUUCACUCGGACAGGAUAUCUUCCAACUUUGAUGCAGAUCUGCCCUGCGGCAUUCCGAAUUCAACUUAUCCUCAUGUGCAAUGUUGUGUAAAAGGUGACUAUUGUAUGAGCAAUGGCAUCUGCCACUAUUAUAAAAAUAAUUCAGACCAAGGAUACUAUACCGCGGAUUGCACCGAUCCAACACUCCAGGAUUCGGCAUGCAUGACCCGAUGUGGCGCCCAACCUGGAUCAAUCAUAGCUUAUGACGAAAAUACAGGGCUUUGGGCCUGUUGCACAUACACUAGCGAUGGAAAGUCCAAUUGCUCCAACCUUUCUGAUGAGAAAUUCCCUGCUCCAGCACCCAGCAAACUAGUUACAAUGCAGUAUCUCCCUCCCACCGGCACCCCGGAAUAUGCGACCCCAACUGAUGUAAUGUCCACACCACUCGUGAACUCUACCAGUAACCAAAUAGGCGCCGGCGCUGCAGCUGGGAUUGGGGUAGGGGUUGGUGUUGGUGUGUUUUUGCUUGCAACGACUGCUGCAUUCUUCUAUAUCCGACGGAGGAGAUCAUCGCAACACAAUGUAGCAGCUUCGAAGACUUGGACCGAGUCAGUGUCUGCAGUGCAGCAGCCGCAGACAGUUGUCAGAUAUGAGCUUGGGAAGCCCGAACCCCGUCCACAGGAGCUUGCAUAACGAGCUUCGAUUGUUGAAAUGGAUUUGUGUAUUUUUAUUAUACUUGGGCUUUGGAAUCGACCUCGUCGAGAAUCACACCAGUGGAGGGGAGGUUCAGCACCACAGUCACAUACGCCGAUAUCUAGAAGAACUACUGGCAUCGACAAAUCAACUAUUUAGAUAUUCCUUGGAUUUCCAUCUGUCCCGAACACUGGAACUGUUGUGUCUAUUUCCGCUGGAGAUGCCAUGUCCUUGUUUUGCCUAACCCACCAUCAGCAGAAUUAGAAUGUGGCUUCGGCCACGUCUUCUCUCUCCACACUAGCAUCUCUAUCGAUGCAAUGAGAACUGCUUUUAGGGACACCCUAACACCGACACCGACAGCAAAG